AGUGGGAAGGAUAACAGUGAACUAUAAGAAAUGUCCUCGUUCAACAACCAUGAUUCUUUCUAACUAUGAACAUUUCCUUUCUGUUUUAUUGUUAAUAGUGUUUUUGGAUGGUGUUUCUGUGUCGCAACCAAGUCUUCGAUUGGUUCAAGUGAUUUAUCGCCAUGGAGAUCGAAGUCCAACAUUUACUUACCCUACAGAUCCCCAUCAGGAAGAUGCAUGGCCUCAAGGAUUUGGUCAGCUAUCAACGGUUGGAAUGGCACAAGCAUAUGAACUGGGUCAGUUUCUAAGACAGCAAUACUCUGGAUUUUUGAAUUCCACAUAUAUCCGGUCACAGAUUCAUGUGCGGAGUUCGGACAAGGACCGCACAUUGAUGACGGCUUCCACUGUACUGUGGGGGCUGUUUCCCGCGUCGGGCUCCCAGGUAUGGAAACCAGGCAGCACGUGGCAGCCCAUCCCUGUCCACACCGUCCCAUUGGACGAAGACUUGCUCAUCUAUGCCCAUUGCCCAGCUUAUGACAAGCUGUACAAGAAAUUGUUGGCCUCACCUAUUGGCCAGAAGAUUGAACAUAAGAAUAAGGCAUUAAUUGAUUAUAUGGCUAAACAUUCAGGAUUGAAGCCAUCCCUGAUAAAUCUACUGGAGAUAACAAACCCUUUAUUCUGUGAGAAGGCGAACAACAUGGAUUUUCCAGAGUGGCUUAAGAAAGACAAUACGUUUGAGAAAAUCAUGAAAUUUUGGGAUGUGAAAGCUCAGUUGAAAGUUAAUACAACAGAUUUGAUCAGAAUUAAAGUGGGUGUUCUUUUAGGAGAAUUACAGCAGCAUAUUGACCACUUGAUUACUUAUCGAAAUAUAUCUGAAAAGAUGUUCAUGUAUUCAGCGCAUGACACCAAUAUUGCUGCUAUUUUGAAUGGUCUCAAGUUGUUUGAUGGCCACCACCCCGAGUACUGCUCCUGUCUGAUGUUUGAGCUAUACGAGAUUUCUAACCACUCGUUUGGAGUCCAGCUGUAUUACAGAGAACAUGCCAGCCAACAAACCCAGCUCCUCAAAAUACCAGGCUGUUCAUCUUCAAUGUGUUCUGUCGAGGAGUUUGCAUCAGUGUUGAAAGAUCUGAUCCCAGCAGACCCUAAAGCAAGCUGUAGUGGUAAAGAAGAACCUUCAGAAGAUGUCUCCGCCACAGACACAACAAUAACAGCACUUGUUUUCUUCACUCUGGCAUUCCUGAUGGUGAUAGUGGCAGUGAUCAUAUUGAUUCGGCAUUGUUUACAACGAAAAAAAACUUUUCAUUACAGAGCAGUGAAAUUAGAUGUGUAGAACAUUCCUCAACGUAAACACCUCUUCAAUUUUAACUCCGUUUUAAAGGGACGGACCCUAGUUUGUAAACACUAAGGAAUACUUUUCAUUACAGAGCAGUGAAAUUAGAUGUGUAGAACGUUCCUCAACGUAAACACCUCUUCAAUUUUAACUCCGUUUUAAAGGGACAGACCCUAGUUUGUAAACACUAAGGAAUACUUUUCAUUACAGAGCAGUGAAAUUAGAUGUGUAGAACGUUCCUCAACGUAAACACCUUCAAUUUUAACUCCGUUUUAAAGGGACAGACCCUAGUUUUUAAACACUAAGGAAUACUUUUCAUUACAGAGCAGUGAAAUUAGAUGUGUAGAACGUUCCUCAACGUAAACACCUCUUCAAUUUUAACUCUGUUUUAAAGGGACAGACCCUAGUUUUUAAACACUAAGGAAUACUUUUCAUUACAGAGCAGUGAAAUUAGAUGUGUAGAACGUUCCUCAACGUAAACACCUCUUCAAUUUUAACUCCGUUUUAAAGGGACGGACCCUAGUUUGUAAACACUAAGGAAUACUUUUCAUUACAGAGCAGUGAAAUUAGAUGUGUAGAACGUUCCUCAACGUAAACACCUCUUCAAUUUUAACUCCGUUUUAAAGGGACAGACCCUAGUUUUUAAACACUAAGGAAUACUUUUCAUUACAGAGCAGUGAAAUUAGAUGUGUAGAACGUUCCUCAACGUAAACACCUCUUCAAUUUUAACUCCGUUUUAAAGGGACGGACCCUAGUUUGUAAACACUAAGGAAUACUUUUCAUUACAGAGCAGUGAAAUUAGAUGUGUAGAACGUUCCUCAACGUAAACACCUCUUCAAUUUUAACUCCGUUUUAAAGGGACAGACCCUAGUUUUUAAACACUAAGGAAUACUUUUCAUUACAGAGCAGUGAAAUUAGAUGUGUAGAACGUUCCUCAACGUAAACACCUCUUCAAUUUUAACUCUGUUUUAAAGGGACAGACCCUAGUUUUUAAACACUAAGGAAUACUUUUCAUUACAGAGCAGUGAAAUUAGAUGUGUAGAACGUUCCUCAACGUAAACACCUCUUCAAUUUUAACUCUGUUUUAAAGGGACAGACCCUAGUUUGUAAACACUAAGGAAUACUUUUCACCUAGACCCUAGUUUGAACACGUAAAAAUGGACACUAUGUUUGGUUAAUUUACAAACCUCUAACACAUUUGAAUACAACAGAGUGGAACAAGAGUCUGUUACGUUGAAAUACCCUUAAAAAAUAGACUAAAACGCGACUCCAUAAUCAUUACCUCUCAGACGCAUGUGCUUUUUUUAAAAUAUGAAAAAUGCAUUUUGUGGUAUUAGAAACACCAGGAU